AUGGCCGGGCUGCUGGCGCUGCUGGGCCCGGCGGGCCGAGCGAGCGCCCGAGUCCGGCCUCGCGCCGCUUGGCUCCUGGGCGCCGCCGCGCCCUGCGCUCCGCCGCCCCUGGCCCUGCCCCUGCCCCUGCUCCGACCCGGGCCCGACGCCCGGCUGCUGCGCGCGGCCCAUGGGGACAGCCGCGGCCGCCAGGACCCCAGCAAAGUCAUGGAGACGGCAGGCAGUGAGGCCGGCAGCCCAGAGAAGCAGCAAAGCAAGUCACAGCAGCUGAGAAAGAUUUUUAAGGAAUACGGGGCCGUGGGUGUGUCCGUGCACAUCGGAAUCUCGUUAGUCUCCUUGGGCAUCUUUUACACGGUUGUUUCGAGCGGCGUGGACAUGUCUGCUCUCCUGCUUAAGCUCGGAUUUAAAGAGUCGCUGGUGCAGUCGAAAUUGGCAGCGGGCACGAGUACCUUCGUGGUGGCGUACGCGAUCCACAAGCUGUUCGCGCCCGUGAGAAUCAGCAUCACCUUGGUUUCUGUGCCCUUGCUUGUCAGGUAUUUCCGGAAAGUGGGAUUUUUUAAACCUCCAGCUGCAAAGCCUUGAUGAAUUCUUCAGUUGUAGGCACUGAAAAGCUACCGCUUCUAAAUUACACAGUUUGGGUUGGUUUUAGCGCUGUAGGGCUUUUUUUAGGGUGAGCAGAGGGCUAAUUGCUAUGUUCUCAUGACUGUCAUACCUUUGCCAGCAAAAUUAAGAUUUCUGAAGAACUAGGUUUUUGUUUUAUAAAUUUUGCUCGUGCGCUUCAUCGUGGGCUUGUAUACCUAAGUUAAAACGUCAGCAACAGAUCAGAAUGGAGUUGUCAUCGCAACCAAAACUGUGAGCCUCCAGAAUGUCCUUCUGGAAGAUGAUUGGUGAGGUGGUGAGGGUCAGUCUGCAGAACCCCGGGAGGUGAAUCUUGGCUUAAGUCGAAGAGCAGUGAUUAAUCCAGCUCGUCUCUAAAAUCCCCCGUCCUCCAACGUCUGCCGUCCGCUGCCUGCGGUGUAAUCUGCAGCCUUCUGUAAAACAGCUGCCAGUGCUACAAUCACUGAAGCCAAACUGAAGACCUAACAAUAUGUGAUCAGGAUCUAAGCCAGCCUCCGCCCUUUGACACUCAUCGCGUUUGUUUUGGGAAAAGAGAAGCAGAUGUGUCUGGUGGGUUUCGGAUUCCAAAACACCCUCAAAUCUGGGCACCGCGGGUCCCACCUCAGGUGGCUCUGCUGAGACUUCAUUCAGGUAGAUCAGGGUCAUUUGUCUUUGUUUCGGUGAAACUGGAAACCUUCUCCAAGUAAGAGGAGCCUGGUUGCACAGUGGUUAAACACUCGGCUGCUAACCAAAAGGUCGGUGGUUCAAACCCACCCACCGGUUCCUCAGGAGGAAAGAUCUGGCGAUCUGCUCCCAUAAAGAUUAUAGCCUAGGAAACCCUACGGGCAGGGUCAGGUUAUCCAAUAAGCAAGGGAAGCACAGGCUUACUUGUGCUUGUUAAUCUGUAGUGAACAAUUUUGCAUGGGUUUUACCACAGCUUUGUAGUGAAAUUGUAGUGCUUACCUUGCUUAUUGGAUAAUCCGCCCCUGCCUAUGGGGCAGUUCUACUCUGUCCUUUAGGGUCACCGAGUUGGAAGAGACUCGCAGGCAACAGGUCUCCAAGUGACAGCAUCAUUUGGCUCCUGCCACCUGUAUCCAGGGGAAUUUGGAUACUGUAUAUAUGAAGAGCUGAGACAAUCUUUGCGUAAGUAACCCCCUUCAAACUGCAGACGUCCCAGGGCUACCAUCACAAUGUUUACAUUGUGUUGCUCAUAUAUUUGACAUAUAUUGACUUUAUAUGUAAUUAACUUUAUGUUUAACUGUUAAAAAAAAAAGUUGUAUCAUGCCCUAAAAAGGAAAUGAGCAUCACUUGUUAUAAAUAGAAGGUGCCUUGCUGACACAGUGGUUUAGGGCCCAGCUGCUAACCAAAAGGUCGGCGGUUUGAACCAAUCUGGCGCUCCGUGGGAGAAAGAUACGGCAGUCUGCUUCUGUAAAGAUUACAGCUUUGGAAACCCUAUGGGGCAGUUCUACUCUGUCCUGUAGGGUUGCCAUUGGGGUUAUAAACAGAAGGCACCUGUAAAAUAAAUACAAGCCAGGAAGGGAGGGGGAUGGGCAAUGUAAUUAAAUUCUAAGCCAGUUUUACCCAUGAAGGGUGUGUAACCUGAGGCCCCUUGCUCUCCGUUAUGGGAUUAGGUACGCAUAGAUACUCAGGCACACCAGAACCAAACUGAGACUUUCUCCUUGAAGGAAGUCCUUUCUGUGGGACUCAGUGUUGUUGACGCCGCCCUGCUGGCUGCGCCCUGGCUUCACAUCUUGGGAAGCCCCAGUGUACCCGCUCUGCCCCACCACCAUGGUUGAGGGGAUUGUGUUCCUCCUUCUGGCUCAAGCGUUUGACACAUCCGUGACAAUCAGAAAAGUAAAGAACUAUCGACUGACCCUCCUGGUUUUACUGAGCUCUGGCUCUGCCAGCUCCCUGCUUCGCCCUAAAUAACCAAUGUCGAUCAGUCAUUCCACCACCACUGAGAAGAGUCUUUGCAGGACAGAUUCUCCACUUGGAAGAUUGUUAAAAAGGAACUGUUUUCUUUUUCUUUUAAAGCAAUCUGGCACAUUACCCAAAGGUCUUACAGAUUGUAGCUGAGCUGCCUUUCUGGAGUCUGAUUGCAAGGACAUCCACACACCUGAGCAAGGUACCCUCAGAUCAGUGCUGGGUAAUUCCUUACCUGGACUGCAGCAUUCUGCUCCCAUCGUGCGUUGUGUGUGAACGUGACCCGUUGGCUUCAGGCUCCUAGCCCUUUCUCAGGGACGGAUUACUCAGUAAGGUAUGUGUGGCCUUACUAAUCUGUAGUGCACAAUUUCACCUGUUUUUCACAUUAAGAAUGUGGUGAAACCCCAGUAAAAUUGUGCAUUACAGGUUAGUAAACACAGUGAAGCCCAUGCGUAGCGUGCCUGCUGGCUCCUCCGCCCCGCCCCUUCCGUCCCCGGCUCCCUGCCAUUCAGACCCCUAGUUGUACCUAUGCAGAAAAGCUAUAGACAGAUUCAGGGUUAAGGGCCUCAUUCCUAGACUUCCUUAGGAGUAACGGAGCGGACUGGAAGGGCAAGCAAUAAAACGCAUUCUCACACCAAACAGCCCUAUCCUUACCGUCUAAGCCCCGGCUCCGUUCCCUUCCUGUGACCAGUGACCACCACAGAAGAUCACUGGAGAGGGUGAGGUCACAGCAUCAGGGAACUGCCGCAUUACAUGACUUCCCCAGCAGGAUGGACAGACAGCUUGUGUUUACAUUGCUUUUAUAGAACUAGGAACGCUGGAUGAUCUAUUUUAAAAAUGUAAGCCAUUUUUCACCUUUUUUUAAUCUGCCAAAGUAAGCAGCUUAAAUUCUGUGAAACAAAUAAACGUCUCGGUAAAGUC